AUGGCAGCAUCACGUAUAAGUACUAGUACAACGCUAACAUCAAGUAAAAAUGAACGUCGUCAAGUGCAAGCACGUAUACAUGCACUUCAACAACGAACUAAUGCUUUAUAUGAAGAAUUAUCACGUUCAUCAUCUGUAGCUAAUACAGCUGUACAUGAUAUUGAACAAACUUAUAUGAUAAUUACGAAAGAAUUUCAAGAACAACGUGAUCAAUUAUUAAGACGUAUUCAUCAUAUUAAACAAAAUAUUCAACAAUCAACAAAUGAACUUGAUGGUAUACGUAAACAUUUACAUAAAACAGAAUCAUUUCAGGUACCACAAAGUUCACGAAGACAAUCAAUUGAAAUUGAAGCAUAUGAAAUGAAUGCUACAGUUGAUGAUAUUGAACGUGUACUUAAUAAAAUAGCACAACAACUUAAACAGUAUCAUUUUAAACCUUCACGUGGUUAUACUAUGAGUAGAACACUUGGUACAAUACAUGCUGAUAAAGAUAUUAAUCAUAAAGAAAUUGGAACAAUAACAACAAAACCAUCAUUAAAUCAAUAUAAUCCAUUAAAUACUAUAUCAAUUCAUAAACUAUAUACAAUAGAUAUAGAUAUAUCUGCUAAAUGGAUUGUUUCAUCAAUAGAAGAUCGAAUAUUUAUAUGUGAUACUGAAGGUGAAGUACGUAUUUUUUCAUAUUCUCGUCGUCGUCGUCGACAACCAUUAUUAACUGAACGUUUUCAUUUAUCCAAUAUACGUCUUGUUUCAUCAUUUACUGUUACAUAUGAUUAUUUAAUUGCAUUUGAAACAGAUACACAAAUGAUUUCAUUACAUACACAUCAUGGUGCAUUACUUAUUCGUUUAAAUUUUCCAUAUGAUCCUAUAAUGAUUGUUCGUUGUGAUUAUUUAACAAAAAAUCAAAUAUGGUCAUGUAGUCGUACAAAACGUCAAUGUUUUCAAUUUGAUAUAAAUCAUAUAACAAAAGAAAUAAUACCUAUUGAACAAUUAGAUUUUAAAUAUCCAAUAUCAAAUAUAUUAAUUGAUCCUGUUGGUAUAUCAAGUGAUGAACAAAAUCGUAUUGCUAUACAUGAUGUUAAUAGAACAACAACUGAUCGUUUAUUAAUUUUUUCAAAUGAACAAAAUAUGAUUAUACCACUUGAUUCAAUAAAAUAUGCUGAUAGACAAAUAUCAUCACAAAUUGAACGUGUUUUAUUAGUACCAAAACAACCAAAUUUAAUUGUUAUACAUUAUGUACCACAAUCAACAAUAACUAAUUUACAUGAAAUUGUUAUUGUUGAUAUAGAAUUACGACCAGCACAAAUACUUUAUCGUUUACAAGAACAAAAUGGUAUACAAAAUAUUGAUGUUACAUUAAAUGGUGAAUUAGUUUAUAGUGUUACACCACCAGCAAAUAAACGAAUAAUACCAAAAAUGCAUGUUUAUAGUUUAAUUAAUUGA